AUGAAUAUAGUCUGGGCAUUGUACUAUGCGUUUUCCCUUUUACUCCGGCAGUAUACCUUGCAUUACCAGACAUUUCUUGUAACUGAGAGUGACCCAAUCAAGUAUUUGCUCGGUUGCCCGGCCUUGGUGGGAAAAUUGGCUAAAUGGCAAAUCCUUAUCUCAGAAUUCCACAUCCAGGUGAUGUCGCAAAAAUCAGUUAAAGGUCAGGUGAUUGCUGAUAUGUUAGCAGAUUGUCCUAAAGAAGUACGCGAGGAUCAUUUUCCAGAUGACCGAAUUUCAACAGUAGAAGAGGACACAUGGACUAUGUUCUUCGACGGAGCUGUAAAUUUGUCAGGAUCAGGCAUUGGGGCGGUCUUGAUAUCCCCAAAUAGGCAGCAUUAUCCUGUGGCUGCAAAAUUGAUGUUUCCAUGCACCAACAAUAUAGCCGAAUAUGAAGCAUGCAUCCUCGGCCUACAAGCGGCUAUUGGAAUGGAAGUGUCAAAACUAAAAGUGUUCGGUGACUCCGCCUUAAUUAUCCUCUAG